UACUCAAAACUCAACGACCAUGACUGAGGUCAACAGAUUCCGUACCAUUGAAUGAUCUUCCCAGCUCGUACAAAUCAGGAUUCAGGAGACGCCAUCGUUUCCACUGAAAUCUCCCCACGACUCCAAUUAUCUCGCCAUUCGGGAAAGGGUAAUGUUGAUCACCGGCUCCACCUACCGAAUUUCUCUUUAAAAGAUCCAAACUCUAAGUAGCCAAACAGCCCACCGGAGCCCCGGGGAAAGGGAUUUUGUUUUUUCUUUCAUUUUUUAACAGCCCUCACAACCUCCAAUUCCGAUGGUUGUUUCCGGCACGACCACCGCUGCCGCCGGUGGCGACACAGAAUCAGCAACCACUCUUUUAAUCCCCAAACCGCCCUCCAACAAUCCCAAAAUCCCAGAAGACUCCUUCCAUCUAGCUUACAUUGUAUACUUCACACUAGGGGCAGGCUACCUUCUCCCAUGGAACGCUUUCAUCACAGCCGUUGAUUACUUCAUCUACCUCUACCCCGACGCGUCAGUCGACCGAGUUUACGCUAUAGUUUACAUGAUAGUGGGCUUUAUUUCCCUGCUUUUGAUCAUAGCAUUCGAGCACAAAUCAAGCUCUUUUGUCAGGAUCAAUGCUGGGCUAGUCCUGUUUGCGCUGGCUUUACUGGCAGUGCCAUUAAUGGAUGUCUGGUAUGUGAAGGGGAAAGUUGGCGUGUAUGGCGGGUACUAUGUGACUGUGUGUUUGGUGGGGCUUUGUGGGAUUGCUGAUGCAUUGGUUCAGGGGAGUAUUAUUGGAUCUGCUGGUGAAUUGCCUGAAAGAUACAUGCAAGCUGUCGUUGCUGGAACUGCUGCUUCUGGUGUCCUUGUAUCGUUGCUCAGAAUCUUAACCAAAGCUGUAUAUCCACAAGAUUCACAUGGGCUCAGAAGCAGUGCAAAUCUGUAUUUCAUUGUUAGCAUCGCUGUGAUGGUUGUUUGCAUUAUCCUCUAUAAUGUGGCCCAUAAACUUCCAGUUAUAAAGUACUACAAUGAAUUGAAAACUCAAGCUGUGAAUAAGGAGAAGGAAGAGAAAGGUGACCUAACUAGAGAUCUGUGGAGAUCAACUUUAUGGGACAUUGUUGGGACCAUCAAAUGGUAUGGGUUUGGAAUUUGCAUCAUCUAUGUUGUGACGUUGUGCAUAUUUCCUGGAUACAUCACAGAGGAUGUGCAUUCUGUUCUUCUCAAAGACUGGUACCCCAUAAUCUUGAUUACAGGCUACAACGUGUUUGAUCUGGUUGGCAAGUGUCUAACUUCAUUGUAUGUCAUUGAGAAUGCGAAGGUUGCAAUAGGUGCCUCCUUUGCUAGGUUGCUCUUCUUGCCUCUUUUCUAUGGAUGUUUGCAUGGUCCCAAAUUCUUUAGAACGGAGAUUCCUGUUACACUACUAACCUGUCUUUUGGGUCUCACAAAUGGCUACUUGACCAGCGUACUAAUGAUUUUGACUCCCAGAACAGUAGUAUUGCAACAUGCAGAAACUGCAGGGAUUGUUCUUGUGUUGUUCUUGGUGGCUGGUCUUGCAAUUGGAUCUGUUGUGGCUUGGUUUUGGGUCAUAUGAUUUAUCAGCCGCUAGUCUUAUGUUGCUGAAAUCAAUAUGGAAUGCUUCAGCCUGCAGUUUGCCAUGUCUUAAUCUACUGGUGUUCAUAUUGGCCUGUAAACUCUGUUCAUAGCAGUAUCAGGAUUCCUUGAACCUGAAGUAGGAAUUUGUGUUUCUGAUGCUUGCAUACAAUUUCUCAAAUAUAUAAUUCUGGUUAUAUAACCAUUGAUAAUAAAACCACUCUCUAUGCUUUUAGUUUC